AAUGGCUGACCGGAAGUAGGCUGGGUGAUCGCUAUCACACAAAAUAUUGAACCAAAACUUGAUCACUUUGAUCAAAAGAUGGCUAAAACGAAUUUAAUACUUUUGACUUAGUUAAGGAAUGGAAGCAGGCAGACAGGAAAAUCAGGAUGAUGUGACACGAUUCUGGCGCGAGGAGAGGGAGGAUGGAGCAGUGUACAGUGCCUACCUGAAGAAGGUCACAUACCGCUCUCAAGCUCAGCUUGAAGAUGAGCAUGAGCGAGAGUUUUCCCACUUGAUGUGGGAGACCCAGAAGAUUCGGGUGAUCAAGGCAGGGACUCUGGAGAAGCUGGUGGAGAGUUUGUCUACCGUCAGGGGGGAGCUGGACUCCACCUACGUCAACAUCUUCCUUGCCACUUACCGCACCUUUGCAACACCACAACAGGUGCUCAAGCUGCUUAUAGACAGGUAUCAGAUGUUGAAGUUGUGUUGUGAAGAUGACCGGACAGAACUGAAUGAACUACAGCUCAAAACAAUUAAAUCUGUGAUAUCCGUGUGGCUGGACACCUAUCCGGAAGAUUUCCGGGAACCUCCAAACUAUCCCUGUCUCCAUACGUUAGAGAAGUUUUCUCUGCACUUCCUGCCGGACAGUGACCUCGCGGGCCGGGCACGACAUCGGAUCGAGCGCCUCAUGAAGGAUCACUCAGGUGCUGAUGCUAACGAAAUAGAAUUCCGAUUUUCCAUCUGUGAGGAAGUUGAUCAUAUGAUAGACAAUGAGUAUCACAAGCCAUUAACAUUCAACGACAUCUCUAGUCAUACCUUUGCUCAACAGCUGACACAUCGAGACGCUGAGCUGUUUCGGAAGGUGGUUCCGCAUCACUGUCUGGGUGCGGUGUGGGCACGGCGGGGGAAGAAGGGGGGCAAGGAAGCAGCCAGCGUUCUCGCUACUAUAGCACAGUUCAACCGUGUGUCUCUUCGUGUGAUAGCUACUAUUCUCAAAACUCGGGAUCAUAAGACAUCGCAAAGAGCCAAAAUUGUACAGAAAUGGAUACACAUUGCUCAAGAACUCCGAGAGCUAAAGAACUUUUCGUCUCUGAAAGCGAUAAUCUCGGGCCUACAGUCUCACCCAGUCUACCGGCUACGCAGGACAUGGUCGUCUCUACCAAAGGAUACUAUGGUGCUAUUUGAAGAAUUGUCAGAAAUAUUCUCAGGUGAAAACAACCAGCUCAAUUCUCGGGAACUGCUUAUGAAGGAAGCGACAGCAAAGUUUCCCGAUCUGGACAGCCAAAAUAAGACAUUAAAACGACGCAACAUGCAGAAGAGCCAGUCAUGGAUAGAUAAUGGCAUUGUCCAGGGAACGGUGCCGUACCUGGGAACGUUUCUGACAGAUCUGACCAUGAUCGACACAGCCAACCCUGACAUGACAGAGGAAGGCCUCAUCAACUUCGAGAAACAUCGGAAGGAGUUCGAAGUGCUCGCUCAGCUCAAACUGCUCCAGUCAGCAGCUCAGAUUUACAACUUCAAAGAAGAUACUCAAUUCUGGAUAUGGUUCGAUUCAGUUAGAGUGUACAACGAUAAUGAAAGCCAUGAACUGUCUUGUGCAAUAGAGCCUCCCAUGGAAGGGUCAGCCAAGAUCAAGAAGAAAUCAGCCAGAGCAAAGGCUAAAUCUGAGCCUAUCCUGACUUGUGCAAUUAAGUUUUGCUCUUCUCCAAGUUUAGGUCACAAGCCUGCCAAAUUUGACAGCAGCAAAUUUGGUUUGUUUGCAUGUGGGCUAGAGGACAGAAGUAGUCUCUCCAGUAUUCCUGACACCAUCACAGCCUCGUUAGCUGGGCCACUGAUGUCUCAUUCCUCGUCAACAUCUGUGAUCUCCUCCGAUAGUGACACCUCGUCGUCCCCCUACAGGUCAUGUGACACCUAUGUGAUCCGUGUCAGUCUCGAACCCAGUGACCAGGCCAGCACACACAUCUACAAGAGCAUAAUGCUAUGUAACACCGACCACACCAACACCGUGAUACAGAAGGUCCUGGAGAAAUACUCCCUGGAAGGCCAGCCGGAAGACUACUGUCUCCUGCAGAUACUGCCGGAUGGAGGAGAACUUUUGAUACCGGAGAGAUCCAAUGUCUUCUAUGCCUUGAAUAGCAGUAUUGAUCUGAAGUUUGUGGUGCGAACUCGUGCAGAACAUGAAACUCUCACCCUCCGACGGAAAGGGAAGCGUCGAGGAAAGAAACUGAGCUUGUAGUAUUUGGCAAUGUGCAAUAUGUGAACACAGAGUGUUAGUGAGAUCACCCGUUGUGAAAAUGUCCCUCAACAUCUUCACUGCUUCCAUCAUCGGCACAAACAACAUCAUCCCAUCAUGGAAACUUCUUCAGCAUUUCUUGGAACCAGAAGCAAGACCAUAAUUGUCUAUCCCUUUGAGUGUUGAAUCAUUUCAUCAUUAAUAUUAACAUUAACUGAUCUCAUAUGAAGCAGUCAAAGAUUAGUAUAUUAUUAAAGAAACUGACUCAAAAAAAGCAUCUAGAUAUACAGUUUUACAAAAAUGGCAAAAAGAUCUUUUAACAUAUAAACAAGACGAGCAGAUAAUAUUCAGCUACUAAAAUAUUCUGCUUUAUUUCCUUGCAUAGUAUUAGUUUUAUUGCUGUUUUUUAAUAAUCAGAGAGAACCUUCGAUGUGAUAGUGGUGUAACGAUAUGGCAGUAAAUUAUUGUAUGACGACCCAAGGCCCACGAUUCAUUGAUUUGUAACUCCUGUACGCAAGUUCUGAUGCAAAAAUGUGUGAAUUAUUUUCGAAACUGUUCUGCGACCAGCUUACACCGAUGUUGCAAUAUACAAUAUUUCCCUGUUUUCUAUAAUUAGCAAAAAAGACCUUGGGGUAUACAAUAUUACAAGAUCCCAUCUUUCAUCGCCAAAAUUUAGGAUAAAUGUUUCAGACUCAUGGUUGGAUAUGAAUCGUGUCACACUCAUAGUAUUGAGAUUAUCGUAUCAUGAUCUAACCAUAUCGUUACACCUCUGUGAUCUAAUUCUAAAACCUAAUCAUCAAUAUCAUAUUAAUAUAAAUAUUCAUAUUUAAUACUCAGACAUGGAGGAUGUUUCCUUAGCUGUAGGCAGUGGAGGAGUUCAUCAUUUGAAUGAAAUCAUGCUGUAUCUUCCAUUAUUUGUUACCAUGGUUACGUGUGACUGUCAUGUUUUUUUACAUGCUUUGUACGUGAAGUUGACAUAUGUCGUGUGAUAAGUCUUGUUAAUUAUUGUUUAAAGUGAUGAAAGUUCCAGAAUGGUUCUAGUCAGUGUGUUUGUUUGGAGAUAUUUAUGUUUGUUUGUUUGUCUGUUUUGUUUGGUGUGUUGUUGUUGUGUUCUUGUUGAUUUGAAGUUUCAGGUGUAAGAAUCAACAGUGCUUUUACCAUAUUCUUAUUUUAAUAUGUUUACAUUGUGCCAUGACAGAUAAAGAUCUGGUCUUUGAUUACCUUUAAUUUUGAGAUACAAUUUUGCAAGAAUUUUACCUGGUGAUUACAGGUAGGAAUACAACUUUUUUACAGGUAAUGAUCAGAUCAUGUUUUACAAAUCACAACCAAUAUACUAUCACAAUAUUUUUGAUAAUUUCUUUGUUUUAAAAGAUUAUUGAAUGUAAGGUUCAAAGGUGUAAAUUUAGGAUCUUUUAAAACUAAAAUGAGCUACGGAUUUUGCAUUAUUGUUGUGAGUGUGUAAUUAUAUAUUCAUCCGAGAUUUGGUGCAGUGUGGUAUAAUGAUGAAGAUAAUAUCAAGAACAUCAACCAAUACUCAAUCAUUUACGUUUGAGGACACAAUCUUAGUUUUCACUUCUGCUAAACAAAGCAGACGUCCCAUUACAGGUCACAUGUGAAUGACCGUGAACUUUGAUCUAGUUUUGAUGGAAUCGCUCAUAAAGUCACUAACUGUCGUUCAGAAUAUCCUGUGUUGUGUUCGCCUUUUGGAUGUUACAUGAUUAGAAAACAAAUUCUGACUGUCAGUUGUUCCAGUCUUGUUGGCGAUGUUGUGAUUUGUUGGAUGAAAGGCGAUUCUUGCAAUGAGAUAUCAUCAGAUGUUUGUUUAGCAGUAGCAAGAACUAAGAUUUUAAUGAGACUGGGGAAUUAUGUAAAUUUGUAUUGAAAGGAUUUCUAGCCAGGUAUUUGAGGCAGUGAUUGUUAAAUUAAUCAAAUUUAGAAAUUUGUAAUUCAAAAGAUGAAUGUAUGUAUGUUCAGUGAACUGAAUUAUUUUUUUAGGUGGAGAGGAAAAUAAGGUUAACUUUGUGCAGAGUUCUGUCCCUUAGUUGUGCCAGGAUGUUUGCAUUCCAGAUUCUGCCAGCAUAGUAACAGUAAUAGGUCUCAACAUGGUUUUAACAUCUUUGCAGCAUGACUCCACCAUCAAACUGCUGGAUUAUUCAAUGAAGAUUUUCCUGCAUCAAUUUGACAAAA